CCCGGCUACCAACGGCCGCGGCCAGCACGUCCGACAUGGGAAGUGGGAGGAACCGAGCCGAGAGAACAGCCGGAGAGAGUCGAGCCGAAACGAAAACAAUCGGAAAGAGCCGAAAGGCGAUCGCGCUGGUAGCCGCGCAACUCCCUCCGACCACCCCCUCCCCCGCCCUGAAGAAUUCCCGCCUAAAGCUGGCCGCAAACGAGGGCGACCGUCUUCGUCGGGCUGCGACAGAGCCUUUCCUGAGGGGCGAGAGCGGAACGGGGAAAAGAAAGACGGCUACACUUCCCGGAAGUGUUGGUCUCCGUGGCAACCGCGAAAAGAAGGACGCGUUGCCAUAGCAACGCGGCCCUUGGGCAAACACCGAGAUCCUCCUCCGCCAACGGUUUCUGUGAAGAUGGAGGACAGCUCGAAGGAGAACGUGGAAGUGGAGGAUGAUGAUGAGGACGACGACGACGACGACGAGAAGGAGGAGGAGGAAGAAGAGGAAGAGGACGAAGAAGAAGAUGAGGACGAAGACGACGAGGACAGAGAGACUCCCCGACGGCGGCGGCGGCGGCGCCGCCAGCUACUCCGCCCCGAGUCUCGAAGCCGCGCGAAACUAGGCUCCGGAGCGUCUCUUGCCUCCCAAAAGACACUCGGAUCUGAGAUACUACUCGAGGUCGAGGUCGAAACUCCCGCCCUCAGGGGCCGUCCGUAUUUAGCGUGGUCUCCCGAGGAAGUGGCAGAAUGGAUCGAGGCGUUGGGUUUCCCUCAAUACAAGGAGUGCUUUACUGCAAAUUUUAUCUCUGGCCGCAAACUCAUCCAUGUAAAUUGUUCAAAUCUACCACAGAUUGGGAUAACAGACUUUGAACAUAUGAAGGAGGUUUCACGGCAUGUGCGAGAAUUGCUAGAAAUAGAAGAGCCCCUCUUUGUUAGAAGUAUUGCUCUCCCACCCAGAGAUAAUACUGGUUUGUUUCUAGAGCAAAAGUCUCGGACUGGAAAAUUGUCUGAUGCCCUUACAUAUCCUCAGUUUAUUCAGAAAGCUGGAUUAUGUGACUAUGAGCCACAGCCAACUCCUGAACCUUCAGCAUCACAUCCUGAAGAUUCACAACAUGAAUGUCUACAGCAAUCAAGUUCAUUUGUUUUGAAAUAAAUACAAAAAUGUUUUCUUUCUCUCUAUUUAAAAAAAUAAAAUACUUGCAAGAUAAAUUAAAAGAAUUUUU